UUUUAUGCCUGAACCAGUUAUGUAAGGACACUGGCUUGAUAAAAAGCACUAUCCCACCUCCACAGGGUCUGCUGCUUAUUGGCCUUCUCCCUUCACCCAGAUUGUAGCCUUUCCUGCUGGGUGCUCACCCCCUCUGUCUUAUGCAGAUCAAAGGUUUUGCCACCACACCCAAAACCCUCCUCAUCUCCCUUGGCCAAGGGGUACAAACCUGGAUCCAGCAAAGCACCCUGUUUCAUUUGCAAAUGGCCCAUUGUUUUGAUAAUUAAACAUUAACGUUUCAGCCUCUCACAGAAGUAUGUAGCUUAACCAGGGCAGGCAUCUGUGCAGUGAUUUUUUUUUCUUUGUGGUAUCUGUAAUAGAAAUAGAAAUAAAUUCUGUGUAUAAAACCUAUGUGAAAUUGCUUUUUGCCCCCCUAGUGGCAGGGCUGCACAAAGGUAUGAAUCAAACAGGUAGUAGGAAGAUUUUGGUCAGAAGUGUGAGGCACUAAAGGUUUCUCCCUAGCGCAUUUACAUCUAUGUGUGUGUGUGUAUAUGUGUAUAUGCACGUGAGGUAGUGAUGGUCGUUGAAGGCUUGUCUUGUUUUGUCACCUCCUUGGUUCUGUCACAACACUGCCAGGAUCCCGCCUCAACUUGCAUUUUUAGCUAAACAUGAACAAUUCAGCAUGUUACACAACAAAAUACAUGUGUUGCAGGAAAAUUGAUAGCCCACUGUGACUACUGUUUUCCCCAUCUUCAUCUUGCUACCUCUGCUUUGUUUUCUGAAGCUCUCACAUAAAAAUCUACUGUUACAAUUGGAACUAUUCUAUGGCAACCAGAACUAAUUGCAUAAAUCAUAAGGCUUUUGAACUCCUGAUGUCUUUGCUCUUGAAAAACAAAAAGCCUACCUUUUUUUUUUUUUUUUUUUUUACCUUACUCAUGACUGCAGCUAAUUAGAAACUGGGAUUCAGUUAAUGCUAUAAAUAGUGUUUAAGAGUGUUUGGGUUUAAAAUUUUAACUGUGCCUGGUGAACUAAAAGUGAGCUUGAGAAAUAAAUGACUCCCAUGCACUGUAAGUUAACAAAAGGAACCACUCAGUUUGCUGAACUGAACAACUUUGUCUUUAGCUCUGUUUCCUUUCAUCAUUGUAAAGAAAGAACAGAUUUACUUGGUCACCUUGACUUUGUUUCCCUCGUAAUUUUAAUGUAUUUUAAAACAAGCUUACAUUUACUCAGUAGGCAUAGAACCCUGUUUACUGAACUUAAUGGUUUCAUAGGUUUUGAAUGGAGUAACUGCUGAAAUAGUUUAAUAACCUAAAGUGUAAUACUGUUUCUGAGGCUAAUAGUCAAAAACUGAAUUAGUUUUUUUUAAUGGUACUAAAGUUUCUUCAGUAGUUCAGAACUUUAAAACUUAUGUUGCAGACUACUCACAACUCCAAUUGUAUGGUAAUGUGCUGUUUUAGUACGCUGUUUAGGCUGAAAACUGACUUUCAGAAAACCUAAUUUAUUUUUUCUAUGGUAUAAUUAGCCAUGUUGUCUUGUUCGUUUUUUGAUUUUUGGUUGAUUUUUUUUUUUUUUAGGUCAGGUAGAAAUGUAAAUAAAAUAACAAAUCCUCCAGUUUUCCAAACUAGAUAUAAAAGAGCAGUCUGCAGCUUUGAAAAUAACAAAACUGGUCAAAGAAUUAAAGCAAAAUAUGGUUUGGAGACAUAGCGGUGUGGUAGAGAAUUGAAUUGCACAUUGUAACUAUGUUAGAGAAUUCUUUAGUGAAGAUAGAUGUGUUACACAAACUGAAAGUACCUCAAAUGAGAGGUGCUCUUUACUUUCUCUGAGAAGUGCUGCAGUGCUCGAGAAUGGUGAAGUCUUUUGUGAGUACACAGAAGGCCUGUACGUACAAGUAAGCAGUCCUAUUUAAGUUUUGUCUCUAUAGUCUGUAGUUCAUGGGAAGCAAAUAAUCCAUGGGGUUACACUGCUUUGAGAGCCAUAGAGAUCCAAAUACCUCUUACACACAUCAGUACAGUCCCUGUAGGACAGAAAAUUUUGGAGGGUGCUACUUUAUUGCAUUCUCUGUAAUAAAGCUUGUCUGGACUUGAAAGAAGUUGGUUGAGACUUUCAGAUUUUCUUCAGGUAGUAAGCAGUUAAUGAAACAUACUUGGUUGUAAACAACAGAGAGCUUCAGUAAUGCAGUUGUCACUCUUGGCUUUGGGUUGACAUCAGAGAGAAUGGCAUGCAAGCUUGCAGUUGAUACCAAAGCAUCAGUAUUUUGUGUAAAGAGACAACUGAUGGUCCUUAUCAACUUAACUUAGAAAGAAAGAACAGAUAUGAAGUCAGCUAACCAUAUGAACUUAGUAGCAAACUGAAAUGAAUAGUAAUUUUCACCAUUUUAAAACAGAAACAGAAAAAGUUUUGAAGUAUAUCUUUAUAAACCCUGGAUGCACCAGCCCUCUGAAACCUGUCUUUUUAAAUCAAAUUUAGACUUGCCUUAUCUUUUAACCAAGGGCAAGGAAGUAGUCUCAAACUGUGGCAAGAAUCAGGAGUCUUCCUGUUUGUUCCUGUUGUGGUUAUAUUUCACAUCCGGACUACUUGUAAUUAUCUGCAAAUGGCCUUUUAGCUUUUGUGGUAUCCUCCUAGCACUGUUCAGUGUAAAUCCAAUUGGAUUUGCAGCAGGUCUUUAGUUAAAACAAAGAAUGUUCUUGGGGACAAAAACACCCUUAGGAAAAACACUUCUGUAUUUUGCCCCAGUUAUUUCACUUGAGAAAUCCUUGACUCUAUUGCCAGUUGUAUAUCCAGUGGCACUUUUAAAUGGCUAUUGCAAGGCAACAUAGUGAAUAUCUUCUGUGCAAGAUUCUAAUUAAUUUUUAAAACCUAGAAUUUUAAGAACAGACUGGAUUCUAACAAGGUAGUUGGGUGUAGUUUUUUUCUGUGGGCUGGGAAAGACUUGCAUGUAAGGGGAGCUGUCUUUCAGGGGUGCAUGGUCAUCUUAUGUGCUGAUGGAAAAUCAACUUACUGUGUUUUCUUUCUUUUCUAUUCAGUCUUGAAGAUUUAAAAUUUCCUUUGUGAUACAGUUUCUUUUAGGCAUGGUGUGGUUCUGGAGGUAGUUUCCAGGGUAGACGCAAGGGUAACCAGACUGCAUUAUCUUUUAAAUCUUCUUAAAAAUAAGCAUCUUAUUUCACAUAAGAAAAAUAAUUUUAGAACUGAAUUUGGAAAGAUUAGAUUGGAAUUGCCUCAAAUCCAAUUAAACCACACUGCAUGGACGUGCUGGGAAUAUAUAAAUGCGAUUACUGUAAAUUUGUACAAACUGAUUUGUUGCAUUAUCUUGCUAAUCUAACAUACGGUACUUUUUGUGUCCAUAUUGCAGACGGCAACUCCAAACUAACAUGGCAGUCAGACUGUGUGAUGUGGCUUCUCUGCUUAGAAGUGGUUCGUGGGCAGCAGAGCCUUGGACUGGGCAGGUAAUUGCUGCCAUGGAAACACAGCUGUCUAACGGACCAACUUGUAAUAACACAGCCCAUGGUUCAACCACCAUAAACAAUUGCUCGUCACCAGUUGAUUCUGGGAACACAGAAGACAGCAAGACCAAUUUAAUAGUCAACUACCUUCCACAAAACAUGACUCAAGAGGAACUGAAGAGUCUAUUUGGCAGCAUUGGGGAGAUAGAAUCCUGCAAGCUUGUCAGGGACAAAAUAACAGGACAAAGCUUGGGUUAUGGUUUUGUGAACUACGUUGACACCAAGGAUGCCGAAAAAGCUAUCAACACUCUGAAUGGAUUGAGACUUCAAACUAAAACAAUAAAAGUUUCCUAUGCGCGACCAAGUUCAGCCUCUAUCAGAGAUGCAAAUUUGUAUGUUAGUGGACUUCCAAAAACAAUGACCCAGAAAGAACUGGAACAGAUCUUUUCCCAGUAUGGACGCAUUAUUACUUCGCGUAUCCUGGUUGACCAAGUCACUGGGGUAUCAAGGGGCGUGGGUUUUAUCCGGUUUGACAAGCGAAUUGAAGCAGAAGAAGCUAUCAAGGGCAUGAAUGGCCAGAAACCUCCAGGUGCCACAGAGCCCAUCACUGUAAAGUUUGCUAACAAUCCAAGCCAAAAAACCAAUCAGGCUGUUCUUUCCCAGCUGUACCAUUCUCCAAACAGAAGGUAUCCAGCACCUCUGGCUCAGCAGGCUCAGCGUUUUAGGUUGGACAAUCUGCUCAACAUAGCUUAUGGAGUAAAGAGGUUUCCUCCAAUGACCAUUGAUGGAAUGACCAGUUUGGCUGGAAUUAAUAUCCCUGGGCAUGCAGGAACUGGGUGGUGCAUUUUUGUGUACAACUUGGCCCCUGAUGCUGAUGAGAGUAUCCUCUGGCAAAUGUUUGGACCCUUCGGAGCAGUAACCAAUGUGAAGGUCAUCCGUGACUUUAACACCAACAAGUGCAAAGGUUUUGGAUUUGUGACUAUGACAAACUACGACGAGGCAGCUAUGGCAAUAGCCAGCCUGAAUGGAUACCGCCUUGGUGACAGAGUGUUGCAGGUCUCCUUCAAAACAAACAAAACGCACAAAGCCUAACAAGUUAUUCUCAGUGCAUUAAUACAUGAAAACUAUACAACAAAGGCAAUUUACAGGAAGCUUUAGGCGUUAGUAAAUGCCUUUGUUGUAUGUCAGUGUGGAAAUGGGGAUAAAAUGACUACUUAGCAUCCUAAGAAUAUAUGUGAUUUUUUUAAUGCUAAUAUUUGAAUUAGAACUUCUUAACUAUCUUUUGUGUUUGAAUAUUGAGAAGAGGUACAGGGUUUUUACCUGUUACAAUGCAUAUUCUAUUGCCUUCUUUGAAGAAGGUGGACCUUUUAAAAUGUUUCAGCUAAGGGAAAAAGUUUUUUCUUUAUACAUGACUGCCUUGAACCUAUGAGUAAAUACUGAGGCUUUGUGUAGUAGUUCAAGUUGGUUUUGUUUUUAUUUCUUGAUUUGCUUUGUUUAGUUUACAUUGUAAUGCUUUGUUGUUUUGGUUUGUUGUUCAAGAAAAGUAUCUGAAGUUUACAUUUUAUUUAUAAAGUUGUAAGCAGUAUUUAUUUUAUAAUUAUCAUUUGGGUUGGGGAAUGGGAACACAUUAUAAAAGCUUAUUGUAAGAAUACUGGAGAACUUUUCGUAAAGCAGUACCUUGCCAAAGAGAUAAGAACCUCUUUGAUGUGGGUUUAGAAAAAAAAGCAUCUAUUUUUGUAAAAAAAAAAAAAAAAUUUGGAGAAACUUUUUACUGGUCCUGGAACAAAUAUUUUGACUUGAAUACUUUGAGAAAUCUCUUCAUAUGACACCUAGUGAGCUUUUAAAACUUACCAGGAAAUUUGCAGUUGUUGGGAAAAAUUUAGAAAGAUUUAUGAUGUAGAAAUACUUUGGAGACCUUUGUUUUAAGAAGUAAAGUCAAUGGGAUGCACUGUUGGUUUCAUUUUUUGUAAUCAUCAGUGGAGUCAUUGAUCAUCCUGGUUAUUAAGUGAUAGCUGGCUCACAUUAAUUUGUGAUUUUGAAACAAGUGAAAAUUUAAAGAAUAUAAGAGCAAGCAGAAAACUUAAAAUACUGAGAGAUGGGGGAAAAAAAAAUCUGUUCUUCCUAAAGAAUUCCCUUCAGACAGAGCUCAUGGUGUUUAGUGAUGUACUUGCUAUUGUUUGAAGAAUUGUUUUGUCUUAAAAGACAUUGAGCAUGGUUUGCUCAGUAGCAAAUCAGCAGAAGUGGCUUGAGUUGGGUAUGUUAGGAGGUGUUUUGAAGGUUAAGUUCAAGGCUAACACCUGAGCUUUGUGUAAUGUAAAUAAGACCUUAGUUAUGAACCUUUCAGCCAAUUUUGAUUUUGGUUUAUUUUUUAAGUUACAUGCCAAGUGAUGUUCAAUUUUGAAUGUUUUUGUAUGAGUUUUUUCUUUGUAAAUGGCAUUAACAUUGUUACUUGAGGUCUGCUUUUUUUUUUUGCCUUUUUUUUUUUUUGUCCUGAGGACUUGAAUUUACAGUGCAUCAGAUCUGUUGCUCUUUUUGUCUGUAGAUAGUCUAGCUUCAGCUGUUUAUGGUGAUGCAACAUUUUUGUUUAUAAAUAUGUUUGUGGUAAAAAGAAAAAAACAAGUAUAAACAUAUGUUUUGAACAAAUUUCCUUACAUUUUUCAUAUGAAAACCAUAAAUACCUGUAUGCUGUUGAAGUUUAACUUUGUAUGAUGCUUAAAUCACUAUUUGGGGAAAUAUAAAAAAAUCUUUACCAUGUAUCGAAGAAAUUUAAGGAAAACAAAUACAGAAUAUUUUCUGAUUAGCAUCUAGCUUAUAAUAAAAUUUUUAAAAAAGAAAGCUGAGGCUUUGAUGCCUUCACCAGGAUGCACUGACAACUAUGUAGUUACGUCCUGCUUUUGUAUAAACUGAGAUGCUCAUACGCUUCCCCUUAGAAAAAGCAAUGUUCUAUGCAUAACAUAGUUGUACACUAUCUUUGCAGUUGGUUUUGGUUCUUAUUCAUUUAAAUUGUAGUUAUAAAAUUUUCAGUAUAGUACAGUACAUAUACUGUGAAGCGCGUGCUAAAGUGAAUAAGCGAGUUUUCAUGCUGACCCACUUAAUGCUAUUCAAAAAUCAAUUGGCUUCCUGAGCACUUCCUCAUUCUUAGGUGCAUUUAGAUUGUUAAAGCUAAUCCUCUGCAUUAAAAGUUGUAUAUAGUAUAUAAAUGACAGACUUUCCAAUGUGGGGAAAAACAGUAGCUACAUGCUUCUUUCCUAUACUAAUGUAGCAACUAAUGGCAUUGAUGAGAAGGCAUGUAAAUUGGGCUUCACUUUACAGUGUUUAUCAGAGCACUUAGUAAAAUAUAAGGCUGGUAUUUAUUUGAAGUUGUAUAGUAUGACUUAAUUCACAUUUGUUGGAAUAGAGAAUAUAUUCUGUUGAGUAUUUAAGAGGUUGUACAUGUUUUCUUUUGUGUUUGAAUUCUUUGUACUUUUUCAUGUUCAGUACAUCAAUAAACAAAGUUGAAGGGAUAA